AAUAUUAAAAGCUGCAAACAGAUUUCAGGUUUUUAUAAAUGGCAAGUAGGCUAAUGUUAUUUUCAGAACACGUAAGAGUAUCUUAAUCCCGUUAAACGCAUUCGUGGUGUGGAGCCAUAGAAACGAAGCGGCUCAAAGUGACCUCGGUUAGUGUUCUGCGUCUCAAACGGAUCCGCUCAGCUUUAACUCCGUGUGAAGACGGACGGAAAACACGCAGAUCAAACGGUGUGGGAGGCGAGAAGUAAGACGGCAGCACCAUGCUCCAGACCAUCCAGGAGUGGUUCUGGUGGGAUCGCAUCUGGCUCCCUGUCAACCUGACCUGGGCGGACCUGGAGGACAGGGAGGGUCGUGUUUAUGCCAAAGCCUCCCACCUGUAUGCCACCGUCCCUUACGCCGUCCUGUUCCUCUUAGUCAGAUACCUGUUUGAAAGAUUAGUAGCCACACCUUUAGCAGCUUCCUUUGGGAUCCGGGACAAAACCCAGCUGAAACCUGCUGACUGUGCGAUACUGGAGAAGUUUUUCAGCUCCCGCUCCAGGAAUCCAGGGCAGAACGACAUCGAUGGGUUGUCUAAGAAGUGUGGCUGGACGAGGAGGCAGGUGGAAAGAUGGUUCCGGAAGAGACGCAACCAAGAUCGGCCUGGACUGCUGAAGAAGUUUAGGGAGGCCAGUUGGAGAUGUGUCUUCUACCUGUCAGCUUGCAUUGGAGGCUUCAUAGUCCUUUAUGACAAACCCUGGUUUUAUGACACGCAUGAAGUGUGGGCAGGCUUUCCAAAGCAGACGAUGCUGCCGUCCCAGUACUGGUAUUACAUCAUCGAGCUGAGCUUUUAUUUGUCUCUGCUGUUCAGGAUCACUUUUGAUGUGAAACGGAAGGACUUCAAGGAGCAGGUUAUUCACCAUGUGGCUACUUUGACUCUGCUCUCCUUCUCCUGGUGUGCGAACUACAUCCGGAUUGGCACCCUGGUCAUGAUCACCCAUGACAUCUCUGACGUUUUGCUGGAGUCCGCGAAGCUGUUCAACUACGCCAAGUGGGAGAGGACGUGUAACAGCAUCUUCGUGUUCUUCGCUGCCGUCUUCAUAGUCACCAGGCUGGUCAUCUUCCCGUUCUGGCUCAUCCACUGCACCUGGGUCUAUCCAGUGGAGCUCUAUCCAGCUUUUUUUGGAUAUUACUUCUUCAACGUGAUGCUGGUGGUCUUGUUACUCCUGCACAUCUUCUGGGCAUAUCUGAUCCUCCGCAUGGUGAAGAAGUUCAUCUUCGGCAACCUGACGGGUGACGAGAGAAGUGACAACGAGGAGGAAGAAGAAGCAGGAAGUAUAACAGAGGAUGAAACAUACCAGAAGCUUAGCAAUGGCGCAGGGCCAGCGGGCACUAACGGCGUUAGCGGGUCUAAUGGCACUCACUGAGGACGCACGCGGCUGAGAGACGUGGAAGUGAUGACGACGAGAAAGCAGUCCUGGGAAAGAAGACAAAGGAGGACGCUUUCAUCAUCCGAACAUCCACGCCGCCAACCCUGAACGUAGCCGUUCAUGCUAACGGCCAUCGCUGAGCGACGAUGGCAGGUUAUCAGCGCAGGUCGCUUGCCUGAGGGAUUCCAUGGUGGUACUCAAACAGCGAUAAUGCUGCUCCUCGCCCUGUCCUCCCUGACGACACCCCCCCCACGCCACUCUCUUCGUGCCGGCUGCUCCUACCGCCGUCAUCAUCAAACCGGUUUCUCUGCUCACUGUUUUUUCUCCCGCCCGCAAACUGCUUUGUCUCACUGACGCGUGUGUCAGAGGUGUGUCCUGUUAAAGACGAUGCGGAGUUACGAAGCGUGACCGUGCGUGUGACCUCCUUGUCAGAUCGCCACCUGAGGUACGCAGCCGGGCUGAGACAAAAGGCAUGGGAACUUGGGGGUGGGGAGGGCAUUUUUUCACUAUGUCAACAUCGAAGCUUUAAAUAACAGUCUGGCUUAUUUUUACGUACGAUGCAGGCGUAGCGUCCCCUCUGCUGAUUACACAGAGCAGAACAUGACUUACAAACAAUUAUUAGACUACAGUCACUACACAGUUGUACAUUGUACAGCCAUUAAGAUUUUUAUGCAAAAUAAAUAUCUCUGUCUGGGGCCUGAUUAACACAAUUAUGCUCAUAUUGACAGACCUACUGCAUGCACAUUGACUGUUAUCCUUAUCUAUCCGUCCAUCCACCCACCCAUCCAUCCAUCCAUCCAUCCAUCUAUCCAUUCCAUCUAUUUUCUCACUGUGAAAGUGGGGGGGGGGGUUCUGGAGCCUAGGCAGCAGAGGGCAUAGUGCUGGGGUCCUCCCUGAGGGCUAGUCGAGGGCUAGGUGAGGGCUAUUCGAGGGCUAAGUAAGGGCUAGUCGAGGGCUAGUCGAGGGCUAGGUGAAGGCUACUCAAGGGCUAGGUAAGGGCUAGUCGAGGGCUAGGUAAGGGCUAUUCAAGGGCUAGGUAAGGGCUAGGCGAGGGCUAGGUAAGGACUAGUCGAGGACUAGGUAAGGGUUAGGUGAGGACUAUUCGAGGGCUAGGUAAGGACUAGGCGAGGGCUAGGUAAGGGCUAGGUGAGGGCUAUUCGACGGCUAGGUAAAGGCUAGGCGAGGGCUAGGUAAGGGCUAGGUGAGGACUAUUUGAGGGCUAGGUAAGGGCUAGGUGAGGGCUAUUCGAGGGCUAGGUAAGGGUUAGUCGAGGGCUAGGUAAGGGCUAGGCGAGGGCUAGGUAAGGGCUAGGUGAGGACUAUUCGAGGACUAGGUAAGGGCUAGUCGAGGACUAGGUAAGGGCUAGGCGAGGUCUCCUCCAACUGUUUCCCUCAGACAGGUUCAGCUACUUAUUUAUUUCCCUGAAUCAUUUUUCUGUUUAAUCAUUUGAUAGUUUUUUGAAGGAAAAGGCCAGUGGUUCUAUGGAAACAUUUCAGUGAAAAGAUUCGUCUCUGUGCUGAAGAACUAGUUAUUAAUCUAACAGGGAUAUAUAAUAUGAAAACUUGCAUUUUACUAUAUUUUAAUACAAUAAAUAUGCUGACUGAUAACACCGUGUUACAAAAAAGCCACAUUACUGGGUGCGCCGGCAAAAUGGAUGUGAGGUUUUCUUCAUAUUUGACGACAACGUACAAUAAACGUAUGAAAACAGAA